UUUGCACUUACAUGCUAGCUGAUAUGACGAAUUUCUCCGAUUGCGUUUUCACCGAUGAGAGCAUAGUUCAAAUCGACAACUCUACACGAUUCUGUUUUGUGAAGAAAGGAGACCAAUUUGCAAGAUUGCGCAACCGUGCGAAACAUCCGGCCAAACUCCAUAUAUGGGGUGGAAUUUCUGAACGCGGAACUACUCAGCUAGCUAUAUUGGGAGGAAACGUUCGCAUAAACAGUGAACUUUACUGCCGAAUAUUGGAGAAGUGUUACAUCCCUUUUGUACGAAAAGUUCACAACGGUCAUGCCAGGCUUGUACAAGAUAAUGCACCAUGUCAUAAAAGCCGCUAUACUUCGGGGAAACUUCUAGACUGGGAUGUAGCAACUAUGGAGUGGCCAGCAGAAUCGCCAGAUUUAAAUCCCAUUGAGCUCGUUUGGGGUAACAUGAAAAACCACAUACGGAAACAAGGAAUUCGCCAACUCGACGACUUAAAGGCAGCAAUCGUUUCUUACUGGAAGACUAUCACUCCUGACACAUGCAAGAAAUACAUUAGAGGUGUCAGAAAAAGAAUGGGUAGAGUGAUUGAGCAAGGCGGCAGAAAUAUUUUGGAAGGAAAAUAG